CCUGCACAGUGUAUCCUUUGAAGCACUGGCCGAGGAUGACUCAGAAGUGUCCUGGGGAAGGCAGAGUCACUCUAGACAGUGUGACUGACUCUCACUGGCGUUUGGGCUGGAGCCUCGAAAGGUGCUCACCAGGCCCGUUGCUCCAUACAGCCAGGAUUUAUGGUGGGAAUCGCGUGGUUGCAGCGUCCGUGCUUUCUUCAUGGCAAACUGCAAUUGGGUGUCUUGUCAGACACACCCAGGCUGCGGUGUGCUUUCCCCGUGGCGCUGGCUGGGGCGGGAGUUUGGAUGGGGAAGGGAGCUGGGAGCGCUGGCCUUAGCCUGGGGUGAGAUCUGCUGUCUGCAGGGAUUUCACAGUGGCGUGGCAGCGCUUGGAACACUGUGGUGGGAGCAGGGUGACUCUUUGAACACUCACGUGUCCACUCCGCUGUCCUGGAGCUCUUUGCACUAGCCUAGAGCAAGACUACCGCCUUCCCCGGCUGCAGCGACCAGCCUGAUGCACUGGGACGGUGUGCGCACACCUGCCAGAGCUCGCCAGGCCUGAGUUACGCGGAGCAGAGCGAUCCUUGCGCUCCUUCACCCGGGCCGUUGGCUGAACCCUUUGUCUUCCAUGGCCGUCUGCCGCAGCUGGCCGUCUUCUCAGCGAGCCCCAUGGAUCGAUCCCAGGACUUUCAAACAGCUGAUGUGUACAGUAUGUGGUGGGUGAUAACCUUUGGCAUUGGAUAGGUUGUCUGUUAACCAGGGUUAAUGGCAAAAGCCCCGUCGGUAGCAUAGGGUCUGGGUGAGGAAGCCGUGGCGAGCAGGGCCGUUUUCAGGACAAGAAGGGAGCAUGUUCAAGGGCGUGUAUGAGGGAUCUUUCCAGGACACCAUCCGGACCCUCAACACCCUGCAGACCAAUGCCAGCGACCUGGAGCAGGUGAAGCGGGAGCGCGGCGACCCCCAGGCCCAGCUGGAAGCCAUGCAGGGCUUUUUGGAGCGGACCGGGAUGAAGGUCGAGGACCUGGAUCGACUGAACAUCAUCCAUGUCACCGGGACGAAGGGCAAGGGCUCAGUGUGCGCCUUCGCUGAGUGCAUCCUCCGCAACUACGGGCUGAAGACGGGCUUUUACAGCUCCCCUCACCUGGUGCAGGUGCGUGAGCGGAUCCGCAUCAAUGGGCAGCCCAUCAGCAAGGAGCAGUUCAGCAAGUACUUCUGGCUCGUUUACAGCCGCCUGGAGGAGACCAAGGACCCAGCGCAUGACAACAUGCCGGCGUACUUCCGCUUCCUCACCAUCAUGGCCUUCCAUGCCUUCCUGCAGGAGAAGGUGGACCUGGCGUUGGUGGAGGUUGGGAUUGGCGGCGCCUACGACUGCACUAACAUCAUCAGGGCACCGGUAGUGUGUGGGGUCUCCUCCCUGGGCAUCGACCACACCAGCAUCCUGGGGGACACCAUGGAGAAGAUUGCCUGGCAGAAGGGGGGCAUUUUUAAGCCCGGCGUGCCGGCGUUCACUGUGGCACAGCCGGAGCGGUCACUGGAGGUGCUGAGGGACCGAGCCCAGGAGCGGGAGUGUCCCUUGUACCUCUGCCCGGAGCUGGAUGACUUCGAGGUGGGCCACCGGCCGCUGGAGCUGGGGCUGGCAGGUGCCCACCAGCGCUCCAAUGCCGCCUUGGCCCUGCAGCUGGCACGGACCUGGCUGCAGUGCCGCAGCUGCCACGGUCUCGGGGAGCUGGAGGAGGUGCUGCCAGGCGCCGAGCUGGCAGGGAGGCUGGUGCCGCUGGCACCUGCCUUUCGACCCACUGAUGCCAUGAUCCAAGGCCUGCGGGACACAGAGUGGCUGGGCCGGACCCAGGUGCUGCCCCAUGGCCCUGUGACAUGGUACCUGGACGGGGCCCACACCACCAGUAGCAUCCAGGCUUGUGUCCGCUGGUUCCACCAGGCUGCCCUCAACCAGGACAAAUCCCACAAUGGCUCUGAGGUGCGUGUGCUGCUCUUCAAUGCCACGGGGGACCGGGACAUGGCAGCGCUGCUCAAACUGCUUCUGCCCUGCCGCUUUGACUACGCUGUCUUCUGCCCCAACUUCACGGAGGUGCCCGUGGCCAGCAAUGCAGACCAGCAAAACUUCAACGUGACACUGGAGAGCUCGCUGACCCGCUGCCUGGAGAACCAGCAGACGUGGACCCGGCUGCUGGAGGAAAAGGAGGGGCAGGACCCCUGGCUCCCAGCCCCCCUGCAGCCAGCCCCUGCCCGAGGACCCCUGCUCCUGGUCCCCCCAGCCCCGAGACCCCUCAGUUCCCCAGCCCUCGUGUUCCCCUGCCUGGCCCAGGCACUGAGGUGGGUGGCACAGGGCCGGGACCCUUGGCUGGCAGCGCCCACCGCCGUGGGGGCUCACCCCCACCCCGCCGCCAGCAGAGGGGCUGUGCUGCUGCGGGAGGCGGCCGCCAUCCACGUCCUGGUCACCGGCAGCCUGCACUUGGUGGGGGGGGUCCUUCGGCUGCUGGACCCCGCGCUCUCCCAGUAACGGGGGUGCGCAGGGCUUUGCACCUCUUUUUACUUGAAGCGCCGGUUCUGCCCCAGAUGGUGCUCGGAGGUGGCUGGGGGGGCACGUGGGACCCCCAGACCCUUCCCGGCUCAUCCCUUUUCACCCCAGUGCCUUUUGCCUGUGCCCCCCGCAGGGGGGACACUGGCCAUGGGGGAGCUGCUCCCUGCCCCCAGCCCACGUUGGUGGGACUGGCUGGGGGGGCCCUGGCCUCUGGGGGGGCUGCCCCAGGCUGUGCCAGGGUCCAGGCGCCCAGGGGCGUAGAGGGAGUUUUGAGGGGGCGGUAGGUGGGAGCCUCAAGCCACAGCGAGGUGUGGACUAAUUUAACAUAGGGGAGAUUUUUAUUAUUAUUAUUAUUAAUAGUUUGUAACUUGGGUGGGGAGCUGGGAGUGUGUGUGGUUUCUGCCCAUCACCCCGUGGGGAGCCAGCAGCCCCACACUGCCUCACCCCCCUUAAUAAACAUUUUGCUGCUCCUA